CCUCCAAAAGCCCGGUUCUCUCUCUCUCUCUCUCACCAGCAGUCAUCGCCGCGGCAGCGGAUGCGUGCUCUCCAAGCCACUCUCUAAUCCCUCCCCAAACCCUAGAUCCCAACUUCCGUCUCUCGCCCCCUCGAUCUGGUCUCUGAUCGCUUGAGAUCUUUAAAUCGAGCUCCAGAUCGAUCGAUCUCGUGUUUUGGCUCAUUGAUUCAGCCUCUCUGCUGAUGUAUAUCGCUUGCUGAGGCUUGAAUCCGUGCUGCUCUCAGAUCGUUGCUAUUCGACCUCUGUUGCUUAUCCGUUGAUUUCCUGGGAUCAUCUUUGAGAGUUUCGAUCGGUUUUUCAGUAUUUUUAUCAACUGGAAUUGUUGGAUCUUGAGAUGGAGUGUAGUAAGUGAGAGCAGUGGUAAUGGCUGCGCCUUCGGGAAACACGACGGCUGUGCCUUCUGAGAAAAUGCAGUUCCCGGGGGGUGGGGAUUUGCACUCGGGACAGCAAUGGGGAUUUGCUGCUGAACGAGAGGCGUUUAUGUCGUGGCUCCGUUGUGAGUUUGCUGCCGCAAAUGCUAUCAUUGAUGUUUUGGUUCACCAUAUUAGGGCCACAGGCGAGCCCGGGGAGUAUGACCAUGUUUUUGGUGCCAUCCAUCAUCGGAGGUACAAUUGGACACCAGUGCUUCACAUGCAGCAUUAUUACUCAAUAGCAGAUGUUGUAAAUGCUUUGCAACAUGCUUCCUGGAGGAAGCACCAGCAGAGGCAUUUUGAGCCACCUAAAGUAGUUGAGAAGGAUUUUAGAAGGCCAAGCUUCGGACAUCGGCAACUUCAUCGGUUUGACAAUGUCAGAGAGAAUUAUAACUCUUCAGCGUCAUCACCUGGUGAUAGGGAUAAAGGAGAAGAAAAGGUGGAGAAGAGUGAGGAGGGGAAGCAGAAGGGAGAAACUCACCUAUUGGAAGUGAAGGGUUCUGUGGUUGCAGAGGAAAAUGAAGGAAUUGAUGAUAGUCAUACUUCUGAGGCAAAUCACAGCACAAAGGAUGGACAACUCCCGCUUGGAACUGAGUGUGGUAAGUUGGAGCCUGCCAUCAAGGAUGAUCAUAAUAAACCGCACCUAACUGGGGUGAGCAAUGAGGCUAAUCUGCAAGAUGUUGAUGAUAAAAUUCCAGCUCAAGAUGAGAAGCAGACUCAAAGUUCAGUUCCCAAAACAUUUGUGGCAAAUGAAACAAAUGAUGGGAGGAUGGUAAAUGUGGUUGAAGGUCUAAAGUUGUAUGACCAACUGUUUGAUAGUUCGGAGGUUUCCAAACUUGUUUCUUUGGCUAAUGACCUGCGAGCUGCAGGUCGCAGAGGAGAGUAUCCGAGGCCAACAUUUGCCCUAUAUAAGAGGCCGAUGAAGGGGCACGGAAGGGAAAUUAUUCAAUUGGGUGUGCCAGUUGCCGAAGGCCCUCUAGAAGAUGAAAAUACAUCUGGAACCUCAAGAGAUGGGAAGGUUGAGGACAUUCCUGAGUUACUCCAAGAUGUUUUGGAUCGAGCAGUUCAGCUGCAAAUUUUGGCUGUUAAACCUGAUUUUUGUGUUAUUGACUUUUUCCAUGAGGGAGAUCACUCACAUCCUCACCUGUGGCCAUCUUGGUUCGGUAGGCCUGUUAGUAGUUUAUUCUUAACAUCCUGUGACAUGGUCUUAGGUCGAGCUAUUGUGGCUGAUCCUCGGGGAGAAUAUAGAGGUUCUCUCAAGUUAUCACUCUCACCAGGGGAUCUGCUUGUGAUGCAAGGUAAAAGUGCCGAUCUGGCAAGGCAUGCCAUCCCGUCGAUUCGCAAACACCGAAUCCUACUGACAUUCGGAAAGUCUCAACCAAGGAAGAAUCUUCCAUCUGAUCUUCCCCGCUUCCCUCCAUCUGCUACACCUCCACCUUCUCACUGGGGACCACCUCCAAUUAGAUCUCCUGGGCUCCCUCGUCAUUCACUGGGUCCCAAACACUUUGGAGUUGCUCCAUCUACUGGUGUUCUGUCUGCUCCAUCAAUCAGGCCUCAACACUUGCCUCCUCCAAAUGGGAUUCAACCAAUGUUUGUACCCCCUGCGCCAGUCGCCCCUACAAGUGUGACUUAUCCUACACCCAUCCCAGUGCCAGUAGCAUCAGCAGGGUGGACAGGGGCAGCUACACAACGACACCCUUCUCCUCGACUACCAGUUCCUGGCACUGGAGUCUUCCUCCCUCCAUCUGGGUCUGGCCAUUCCCCCCCAUCACCUAUUGCUGAACCGCCUCUACCACCAGCAUCACAUGAAACUAGCUGCGCUCCAGAGACGACUGAACAUGAGAAUGGUGUGGAUAAGCAUCACAUAAACAACAAUGCAUCUCCGAGGAAUAAAACUGAUGAUCCAGAGACUAGAUUGGAUUGCAAUGGGAGCUUGGACAAUGGUCUCAGUACUGGUGUAAGGCUACCAAAUGGUAAGGAAGACCAGCAGGGUGGAAUUUCUAAGAAGAAAGUGACUAGCAAAGCUGCAACCACUGCUUCUAAAUAGAUGGAUACAUAGAGAAAACCAAAGAGGAUAUGCUGAUGAGUUUGUGUUCCUUCAUUGGAGUGCAAGCCCGGAAGAACAGCCUACAAAACCCAAAACAAGUCUGGCACAACAACUGUAAAGAGCUGGAAGCAGGGGAGAGGAGUUGCUCAAACACUCCUUUUGUCUGUUUUUUUUUUUUUAUUCUUGUUGUUGAAAUUGAGACUUAGGAAGGACCCCAUCUUUUCUAUUUUUGUAGUCUGGAAUUUUUAUAGUUUCAUUUUUGCUGUGCUUGUUGCUGAACUGGCUCCAUUUUAAUCUUCCAGGAUAUGAGAGCAUAUAUAGAAUGGCAAGUUAUUGAAAA